AUGAGUGAUUUAUCAUAUUUAUGCGAACAGUGGGUCACUUCAGUUGAUUUAGUGGCCAAUAGUGAGGCCAAUGAGAAUGUGGUCAUUAAGAGUACUGACGACUGGAUUAAUCAGGAGAAGGAAGUCGUGGACGGAGUCUCUCAAGUAUUAGCCGGCAAUAAAGUGGAUGCAGUGGUCUGUGUGGCCGGCGGUUGGGCCGGAGGUUCGGCCUCUUCUCCCGAUUUUGUUAAGAAUACGGAUCUUAUGAUAAAACAGAGUCUCUGGAGUUCUGUAAUCUCAGCCAAAUUGGCCGCCAAUUUCUUGUCCGAAGGCGGACUCUUGGCUCUGACCGGCGCGAAGGCAGCUCUCGAUUCCACUCCAGGAAUGAUUGGAUACGGAUUAGCGAAAGCAUCGGUUCAUCAUUUAGUGAAAAGUCUGAGCGAUAAAACUGGUGGACUCCCGAAGAGUUCAACCGUAUUGGCAAUACUUCCCAUAACUUUGGACACUCCUAUGAACCGCAAGUUUAUGCCGGGCGGAGACACCUCUAAGUGGACUCCAUUGGAAUUCGCGGCCGAAUUGAUGUGGAAAUGGGCCGACAAUAACGAGAAUAGACCCAAAACUGGGGCUUUAGUCGAACUGAUCACUAAUGAUGGAAAGACAGAGCUUGUGGUCGAUUCCUCACAAUAACUGAAACAUUAUUGCAAUACUAUUUCAUCGAAUAUUUGUCUGCUGUUAACAUUCCGCUCAACAUUUAUUUUAACAAUAUUUUUAAUGAUUUGUUUAUCACAAGUAUAACAGUAAUCGUUAGAAAUGUUAGGUUUUAUGAAAAGUUUUGUGAAAAAUAGUGACAAAAAUAUAUAUCAAUGUUUAGGUGAAUACUGAAGACAAUAAAAUGGAUAUUUUAUCUCCUU